AUGGGAGCAAGCUUUGCUCACUGUCUCUCUAGCCAGGGUGCCUUGGACCCUGGUGGUUCUGCAGGGAAAGAGUUGAGAGUGUCAGCUCAGUCCUUCCUCCACUGCUUCACGCUGGCCAGUGCUGCCUUCAACCUGCAGGUGGCCACUCCUGGGGGGAAGGCUAUAGACUUCGUGGACGUGACUGAGAGCAAUGCACGCUGGGUGCAGGACUUCCGCCUCAAGGCCUACGCCAGCCCUGCCAAGCUCGAGUCCAUUGACGGUGCCCGGUACCACGCCCUCCUGAUCCCCAGCUGUCCUGGGGCCCUGGCUGACCUGGCCAGCAGUGGGUCUCUGGCCCGAAUCCUGCAGCACUUCCACUCUGAGAGCAAGCCCAUCUGUGCCAUCGGCCAUGGUGUUGCUGCCCUGUGCUGUGCCACCAGUGAGGACAGGUCCUGGGUGUUCCACGGCUACAGCCUUACAGGGCCCUCUGUGUAUGAGCUCGUCAGGGCUCCUGGCUUCGCCCGCUUGCCACUGGUGGUAGAGGACUUCGUGAAGGACUCGGGUGCUGGCUUCAGUGCCAGCGAGCCAGAUGCUGUGCAUGUUGUGCUGGAUCGCCACCUGGUCACCGGACAGAAUGCCAACUCCACUGUCCCUGCUGUGCAGAACCUGCUCUUCCUCUGCAGCAGCCGGAAAUAAGCCUGCAGGUGGACACUGCCUCUUUGCAUUCAUCUGGGCAUCCCCCAAAGCAGCUGGACUUGCUCUGUGUCUUCUGCUGUCCUCUGAGGACCCCACUGCUCCUGGGACUGUUAUGCCUGCAGGAAUCAGCCCUGAGGGUGUCAACUCUUGUGGGGACGAUGCCCUUGGGUGCCAUGGGUACUGUGCUGGCUGCUGGGUGGUUCUCAAGAAUUGCAGGUUGCAUCCCUGGGAGGACUGGUUGGAGUUCAGAGUGCUCACCCCCCACAGGAGGGUGCUGAGUGCAAGGGACCAGGGACAGGGGCCUCCUGUGAUCAGCCACUGCCCUGCUCUUCAGCCGUUGGUAGAGGCUAAGAACCGGGCUGGCAGGCCAGAGCUUCCUCCAGUGUCUGACCCUGGCCAACGUGAACCGUUUUCUGGGAGCCACGUUUCCCACACUGGUUGAAAUUGCCAGGAGUCAUGCUGAAGAACUUGGCCUUCUUUUAC